AGAACGGUUAAAGAAUACGAACAAUUUAUGAACUGAUUCAUAUACUGCCUGCCACCCUUACAACGUAACAAUUGUAGUCGCCUGAUUGUAAUGAUAAGCAGCAUUGUAUAUGCAAUCAAAUACCAGCUAGGCCAGUUUGUUCUCUCAUAUGUUUAUAUCUGGCUUACUGCUAUCAAAAAUAAUUUACAUACAUCUAUACACACGCAGAUACAUAAGUUUGCUCACUAAGGUGUACAUCUACACACAUAUACUGACACAUAUGCAUAUGCAAAUACACAAACGCAAUACUCAAACACAUAUUUCCCAAUCUUUUACAGCUAAUUCAAAAACUGCGAUCAGCUAUAUCCAAUCAGAUCAUUCCGAGAGAUCGAGGAUUCUUUUCACUUGCUGUUAUUGUUGUUUUUGUCGUUCUUGAUUUGAGCUACCGAAGUUGUUCCAGCCUUGGAUAUACCACUUUUUUUCUCCGUCACGGCCGCUACCGACACUGUAAACACUAUAUUCUCAAGAAAAUUACUGAUGUAAGCCUUUAUUAAGUCAGAAUAUAAAACAAUCCGACAAAUAUUCAUGUACCUUCGAAAGAAAACUGCUUUAAUAUCUUGUAUCACAGUCUCCUUGAUUAUGGUGAUAUAUUUGAUGGACAAAGACGUAGUAGAGCGCCUAUUACACAGAGAGAAUAGCGUGGAUAAUCAGUUGCAAGAAAGCAAGUUCUUAUUAGUCCUUGUCACCACGUGGAAAUUAUCUCCAGAAAAACUUGCAGUUUAUGAAAAUACAGUCCAUAUAUGGGGGAAUUGGCCACUAUUAGUGCAACCUGUUUUAUAUACACCAGCAAUACCCGGAGAUAAGGUAAAUAACAGCCAGCUGGAUAUGCAUUUAGGAAAAACUUGGAAGAUACAGAACGUUUCAAAAGUUGCCUGCGGUCAAAUACCAGUUUUAAAAUCGAUGAUUGUUGAUGUGCUUGCCUCUUUUACUAACUACGACUUUUAUGGCUAUGCAAAUGGUGACAUUCUUUUUGAUGAGAGUCUUAUCAAUACGUUGAAAUCUAUCAAGGAAAAGAUACCACAAAAUAAACCUAUACUAAUAGUUGGUCAAAGAAUAAAUGUUAAUUUUACAAAUCGUAACCACGUUGCGAUUUCUGAUAUUCUUCAGAUAGCUCAAAGCGGAUAUUUGAUGAAAGGCGUAGCAGUAGAUUAUUUUAUUACAAAUCAACACUUUCCUUGGCAUAAAAUCUUAGAUUUAGUUGUUGGACGUAUUAAGUAUGAUAAUUGGUUGAUCUAUUUUGCAAAUUCUCAAAAUAUAACAAUUAUCGAUACUACACACACUCUGACUGCUGUUCAUCAAACAACAACAGACGGUAAUGAUGCAGGGUGGAAGCAUCCUAAUAAGUACUGUAAUGAUGCUAUCAUCCGAGCUAAUAAAAAGAGAUUCAGAACGCGUUGGGGUUAUAUAUGGUGUGUCCCUUAUUAUACUGAAAGCAAUCGUAAAACAAAUGAGAUAGAGAUUCUACACAGAAAGACCUCUCCAUCAUGCAAACCUUAAAUAUAUCAGUGCACUAGAACACUAAUCAUUGUAUCAACAAAUAUUCUUCCCUAAACAAAAGAUAUUUAUUUAAAAUGGGAUUCGCAAAUCCAGUUUUUUAAGGUAGGCAUUUGGAUAUGUGUAUAUAUAUAUAUAUAU